CUGGUGUAAACUAUCGCAGUACCAUCGCAGUUCAGAAUACAGGUCUUCUCAAACUUUUGGAGGGCAGUGUACGUACCUUGAAAUUGUGAACUAUGGAUCUCAAGACGAUAGACAUCACCGAUCCAUGCGGGGUACAGGCAGUCUUUGAUAAUCUUCUGGAUUGUCAAAACAAGGAGGACAUGGCGAAGCUUUACGACAAUAUAGCACCAGACUACGAUAUGGUAAGCAAUGAAUGGGCUGGACCUGCUGAAACGGCGGCUAAGCUUCAGGAAAUCGAACCAAACAAAAAUGCUUGUAUUCUUGAUGUCGGAUGUGGAACUGGUUUGGUUGGCAAAGCAGUUUCGGAUGUAGGCUACCUCAAUCUGUACGGAAUUGAUAUGUCCGAGAGUUCGUUGAACAUCGCGAGCGAGAAAGGAGUCUACUCAAAGUUGAUUAACGCUACAUUUGGACCCGAAACUCCUCUUAACUACAAAGACGGAUUUUUCGAUGUUGCGUUAUCUACUGGAUGUUUUCUACCAAACCAUCUCGACCACACUCAUCUACCUGAAAUGAUACGACUCGUGAAGAAAGGUCAGAAUAUUAUAAAACCAUACAUGAAUCUCAAUUUGACACUCUCCAACCAGGCGUUAAAUAGCUACCCGGUAGCAUGGGGACGUUAA